CGUUCCUGGGCGCAAACGCGGGAAGGGUCUUCUAUGCACCCACUUCGACACAACGCGCCGGUACGCAACGAUGUCAUACGCACCACGACCGACGUCCGGCAUGAUGCGCCCGUCCUCGGGCUUGGGCGGGCACGGGUCGACGAACUCGCAGUCCUCCGUCAUUCAAUCGCGCAUCAACGAGAAGAAGUUGGAAUUGGAAAGUCUGAAGCAGCUACGCGAUCUUUCCGCUGGUCUGGCAGGACAAAUGCAGCAAUUGGAAGAGAGGCUGGCCACGCUGAGCAAUGGCACGGAAGCUGUGGCUGCGGUGAUGGCGAACUGGAACACUGUGCUCAGAGCGAUACACAUGGCUAGUGCUGCUAUCCCGAAGCCAAAGGAGGCCGACGAGCAACAGCAGACGGAACCGAACGCAGAGCCGCAGCUUCCACAGACGUUGGUCCGCAUCCCGAUUGAGCAGGCUGAACAUGCGAAGAAAGCGAUGCAGGAAAGCCAGGCCGGUGAAUGAACUGCUGCGGCGCCGAACGGACUGAUAUCGUCUGUCCUCAACUUUUUCCACCUACGCACGGCCAGCCUUUCUCAGCAAUCGAAACCGAGGUAGUGGUGUUACCUGCUGCUGCUGCGCAAUGACGCAGACCAUGUUCGAGAAGCACACAACCACGCUGCCGAAAAAGCUGAAUGGUGCUACCACCUAGCCUAGACAUACCGAGAAGCCAGCGUCCUGGUCUGCAAAAUCUACAGGC